ACCCACCAUGGCUGCCGUUAACAGCAGCAAGCACAGCCGCUCCAAAUCACAGCUGAACGCUAUUUCCAAAUGGAACAUAAUGCAGUACAAACUGUAUUUAAUUUGUACUUUCCUUCUUUUAUUUGUAAGUCUGGGCUUUUCCGACGAUGACCACGAAAUGGAAGAGUUCCUGAAGCGGGAGUUUUCCCUCUCCAAGCCUUACCAAGGUGUGGGAUCUUUAGGCUCCUCCCACUGGGAGCUGAUGGGGGAUGCCAUGGUAACCACUGACCAGGUGCGACUCACACCUGACAUGCAGAGCAGACAGGGGGCAGUAUGGAGCCGCAUUCCAUGCCACUUAAAGGACUGGGAGAUGCAGGUGCACUUUAAGGUUCAUGGGCAAGGAAAGAAGAACCUUAACGGUGAUGGUCUAGCCAUUUGGUAUACCAAGGAGCGCAUGCAGAAAGGUCCUGUAUUUGGAAAUAUGGACAACUUCACUGGCCUGGGUGUGUUUGUGGACACCUAUCCCAACGAGGAGAAGCACAUAGAGGCGCAGAAGAAGAGAUACACCCCACGCACACAGAGGAUCUUCCCGUUCGUUAUUGCCAUGGUGGGCAAUGGCACCAUUAGUUAUGACCACGAGCGGGAUGGUCGCCCCACCGAACUCGGUGGCUGCAACGCCAUGGUGCGCAACCAAAAGCACGACACGUUCCUCUUCAUUCGAUAUAUCCGCCGCAGGCUCACGGUGAUGAUAGACAUUGAUGGCCAGCAUGAGUGGAGGGACUGUCUGGACAUACCUGGAGUGAGGCUGCCUCUGGGAUAUUAUUUUGGAGCUUCAGCAAUCACCGGAGAUCUCUCGGAUAAUCAUGACAUCAUUUCCCUCAAACUUUACCAACUGACGGUGUUGCGGAGUAAAAAGGAAGAAAAGGAGGAGGAGCAGGAUGUAAUAACUAUCCCCAGCGUGGACAAUAUGGAGCUCCUCAGACUGGGUCAGAAUGAAGAAGGGAUGAGCGGAUUAGCCAUUUUCUUCACUGUGCUCUUCUCCAUGCUGGGAUGCAUCUUCCUCAUCGUCAUCGGCAUGGUGGUCUACAGCCACUGGAACGAGAGCCGACGUAAGCGCUUCUACUGAGGAACGCCACGAAGGGCUCAGGGAUUAUUAUAACUACUGUGGGCCACCGACCCACAGCUGAGAUCAGAUGAGAAGUAAGACGCUGCCACUGAGCGGCGGAGCAGCAGAGGCUUUUACCCAGUUUGACAGGAGAAGUAGGACAGGCUUUCCCUGCAACUGAUUCCAUUUUUUCAGGAAUGGUUCUGAACCAGCUGGAGGGAUUUGCAUUUUUCACCUCUGAUAAUUCUUCUAAGUAAUUAUGUUCACUGCACUUACUCACAAGUUCCUUAAAUGUAAUAAUUUUGUCCAGAUGACUUCCUAAAUUAACUUCUCAAUAUUUAAACCAUGUUAAAA